CAGAUGUGCAAAGCAAAGUCAACAGGAUUUCUGUCCAAGAUCCUACAGUGCAAGACUGCAGGGGACCUGACUCAGCUCCAGCAAGACCUGGGGGACUGGAUUGCAGAGUGCGGCGUCCCAAGCGUAUUUAGUGCCACAGUUGAAGACAUACCAAAAGUCUACGCAUAUGUAGUGAAGCACUACAUCUUUCUCAGAACGGCCAAGAUGAUCCUCCAGUUCACAGACGGAAUGAAUGCAUUCGGGAAGCUGUGGGACCUGGUGAGGAAGAACUGGAUUGCCUUCCUGCCUUUGUUCACCAACAUGCAGGAGCCCAUGUCAAAGGCAGCCUUCAAGGCCCUCUUCAGUUACAACUACAGCAGGAGAGGCAGCAACCAUCGCGAGGCAGAGGAGGACACCAUCUACUGCUGGGAGAUGGUGCUUAACAUGAUUGAAGACAAAGUGACUGACCUCAAAUUCGAAGACCUUCUGAUUUUCACCACUGGAGCAGACGAGGUUCCUCCCCUGGGCUUUCCCAGGAAGCCCUCCGUCGACUUCUAUGAACAGGAGGCAGGCCUGCGCCGUUUGCCCUACGCAUCUACCUGCACGAUGUGCCUGUACCUGCCGAGAGGCGUCAGUCAAGAGGAGGAACUGCACGAGAUGCUUUUACUGGCCACAAG